CCCGUCCUGCGGGGCCACCGCGACCCCGCCGGGGACUCCCAAGCCAAGCUGCCGCCCCCCACCCCGCGCCUUGGUUCCGCCCGCGCGUCACGUGCCCGCCGCGUCUAUGUGAGCGGAGGAGCCGCCGCGUCCGGCGCCCAGUCCCCUCGCCAAGCCCCUGCGUCGCCGCCGCGAUGAUGUGCGGGGCGCCCUCCGCCGCGCAGCCGGCCACCGCCGAGACCCAGGACAUCGCCGACCAGGUGAGGUCCCAGCUUGAAGAAAAAGAAAACAAGAAGUUCCCUGUGUUUAAGGCUGUGUCCUUCAGGAGCCAGGUGGUCGCGGGGACAAACUUCUUCAUCAAGGUGCACGUCGGUGACGAGGAAUUUGUCCACUUGCGAGUAUUCCGGAGUCUCCCUCACGAAAACAAGCCCUUGACCUUGUCUAACUACCAGACCAACAAAGCCAAGCACGAUGAGCUGUCCUAUUUCUGACCCUGACUUUGGACAGGUCCUUCCGCCAGAAGGCUGGUAAUUAAGUGAUUCUGCGUCGACCGGAGUGCGCACUUGGGAUCAGGCAACGAGCAUCUCCUGGCUGCGCCCCUCGCGUGGAAGGGGCCGGAUGCAGCAGCUGCUCUUGCGUUUCUCUUCCUAAAUUUCAUUGUGUUGAUUUUUUCCCCCCUUCCAAUCAGGGAUCUUAAUUAUUUUCCAGAUAGUUUCAAAAAAUAUAUAUUUUAAAAAUGCUUGCA